AUGGCAUUCCUCUUUUUAGCGCUAUAUUCGCAAUUAGGAAUCAGUUUUAAUCAGCCUUCUAACAAGAAUAAGCCCAAUGCGCAUAAAUCAAACCGAAAUAAUCAAUCUAUAUCCAAAGCGAAUGAUACGCGCUAUUUUAAGCGUUGGAAUGCUCGAACAUGUGUCGCUGUUGAAUCUCUACUACAAACUAAUCGUAAAGUAAUUAAUCAAUUAGGUGAAGCGAUCCAUAAAGUAGAAGAUAAUCAAGGAUUAGGUGAAAAAGAGAAACGGGUUCGUGCCAAUACUUUCCGUAUAUUUGUACGCGAGUUACGUGAAAGUGAGCAAACAUUUUACAGCUCAUUAAAUAGCUUACGACGAAGUUUGAGAGGUGGCUAUCAAAGCAUUGAAGGCUUUAAAUUAGCAUCUAAACGACGACUAGAAUCAUUACGUAAAGCUGCAUUAAGAGAAGAACAAGAGUAUAAUGCUAUUCUACAAGCUGAACGUUAUAUGGACGCUGUUGAAAAAGUAGAGAAAUACGAAAAUCAAACUGAUCCAACCGAUAGUGACGAUUCUGGUGCAAUGGGGAAAAUUAUGGACGAUGUCGUACAAGGUUUAAUUGUUGCUGCUGAUCGCUUAGAAGCAGAAUUGCAUGAAGAUAUUUUUGAACAGACUAAAAAAUUAAAAGGUGCAAGAAUACAAGCUGUCAUUAAAGUCGAUGCUGACGCCCUGGACAAUUCCAAACAUCAGAAAGGAAGCCAAGAAGAUGGAGCUGAAGAUCGCGGAUUAUCCAUUUUGAUUGAUUCUAAAAGUAAUCAAUAUGUCCUCAGUAAACCCAAAGAUGCUACUAUACCACAUGAAGAUCACCAUCUUAUACAAGAUAUUGUUUUUAUCAUUUUAAUGGCUUUCCUUUGCGGAUGGUUUUGUUCCCUAUUAACCUUACCAGCCAUGUUUGGUUUUAUCUUAUGCGGUAUGAUUCUUGGCCCAUCAGGAGAAAAUGCAUUAAAGAAUUUAGUUCAAAUUGAAACCUUAGGAGAGUUUGGUGUCUUGUAUAUUUUAUUUGUUGUUGGCAUGGAAUUUUCACCAGAUCGUGUUAAAAGGAUAUGGAAGACUGCUGUCUUUGGCACAGCUGCAGAACUACUGGGCUUAGUUUCUGGUGGUCUCAUCUUGGGCGCUAUCUUCGGCAUUAAACCCAAUCAGACAUUUUUUGUUGCAGCUUCGUUAUCUAUUUCCAGUACACCUCUUAUUGUAAAAUUUUUUCAAAAUACACCUCCCAGUGGAAGAUGCCCAGAAAAGGACUAUGAGAGUCAUUUAUUAGGCGUUCUCGUCAUGCAAGAUGUUAUGCUUGGCUUAUUAAUUGCAAUCUUGCCUGCGCUAGCUGGAAAAACAGCAACAGCAGACGGUGGAGCCAUGGGUACAGUUAUGGUCUGCCUGAAAUUAAUUGGAUCAUUGGUUGGCCUUGUCCUAUUGUGCUUUAUAUUAAGCAGAUACGUUGUUGGCCAUUUUUUUAGACUAAUUCAAAAUCUGAAUAGCAAUGAAAUGCUAUGCAUUGCAGCACUAGCAUUGGCGUAUAGCAUGUUACUGAUAACGGAUGCUCUAAAUGUCUCCAUGGAGCUUGGCUGUUUCAUGGCCGGUGUUAUGAUAAGUGCUCAAGGUCACCAUAUGGCUGAAAAGAUUACAGAGCUGAUAGAACCAUUACGUGAUUUCUUUGCAUGUAUAUUUUUUACAUGUAUGGGUCUUCAUUUAUUUCCAACAUUUAUUAUGUACGAGUGGACAAUUCUCCUGACUGUAACUUUUGCGGUUGUUUUUUCUAAGUUCCUCAUUGGAGUAACAGUCAUGACGUGCUUGCUACCAAGAACAUAUAAUAUCCAUUGGAUUGUAGGAGCUGGAUUAGCACAAAUUAGUGAAUUUGCUUUUGUUUUAGGUUGUAGAGGACAAGAGAUGGGUCUUAUUUCUCGCGAGAUGUACUUAAUUAUGCUGACUAUCACCAUGUUAAGUUUCUUAAUUGCCCCAUUUAUCUGGAGGGUUGCUAUAUGGAAGUUUGGUCAAGAUGUAAUCUUAAAGCCUACUUCUACCGUGCCGGCUGUUUAA